AUGGGGCCUGAUCCGGUGCCUGGAGACCGCGCGGCGGCCCCACCGAGUCCCCGGUGGAAGAGGAUGAGGGAGGACUCCGGGCCGGCGCUAUCGGGCCCGGAGUUCAGGAUCCCGACGGCUAAAUGGCAAUACAGAGGGACCAAGACAGCGUCGCCUACGGGUGCAGCUGAGGGCCAGGGGCGGCUGGAGGCGCUGAGGCCGGCGCCAACCCCUGAGCCAAGCGUGCCGGCGGAGCCAGAGCUGGCAAGCGCGGCGGCCGGGCCGAGGCCAGCGGACGCGGCGACGGAGGCGGGGCAGACAGACGAGGCGGCGGCGCCGGAACUAGCGGAUGCGGCGGCAGAGCCAGAAACGGCGGGCGCGCCGAACUCGCUGGGACCGGCGGACGCGGCAGCCGAGAGGGUGCCGGCAAACGCGAUGGCCGAGGUGAAGCAGGCCGCCGGCCCUGCAGCCGACGCCGGCUCUUCUGGCGCGGCCGGGGGCCAGGGUCUCGAGGAGUAG